CUCCUCCCUCCAUCCAUCCCAAAGCUGUCAUCCCUCCCGAGUGUUCUCGGCUCAAUCCUCUGAACGCCCGGAUGAGAGUCGAAGCCCAGUACCAGGCGACAUUGGCGGCGUUGGCAACAUGGUGGCGUGAGAGAGGCUCCGAGUGAAGCGGGCAAACAGACAUCACGCACCCGAGACAGAAGCAGAGCAGAGCAGGGCGGGGGAGGCGACCGACCCGACCCGACAGGCCGGCCGGCCAACCGACCGCUGGAAUCCGUGACAUUUUUCCACCGGAACCUCUAUAGGGGGAACGAACAUACGGACGGCGAGAGAGUCGAGACUCGGCGCUGAAUACUUCUCGCUUCGAGGCGUUUGAUCCAUUCGGUGAGGGAAGGUGCGGCGGCGGCGGCGGCGGCGGACAGACUGUGUCUCACAUGAAAGCAUGGAAGGCUCUCUGCACCCACCAUCACUAGUCUCCUCCAAUCUUUGGACUCGCCUCCAAAAGCUUCGUUAACAGCUGAGCGCGGAAAAGGAGCGGCGGGACCGCCGGCCGGGUCGCCUUUGGCUUUCUCAGCGUACGUCAGCUUUUCUUCGAAUCGAAUCUGGUGGACGGACGGGCGUAUCAAAAUGGAUCUGGAUUCCUAUCUGUGGAUGGUCAUUUUCGGCUUCAUCAUCGCCUUCAUUUUGGCCUUUUCGGUGGGCGCCAACGACGUGGCCAACUCGUUCGGCACGGCCGUGGGCUCCGGCGUGGUCACGCUGAAGCAGGCCUGCAUCCUGGCCUCCAUUUUCGAGACGCUGGGCUCCAUGCUGCUGGGGGCCAAAGUGGGCGAGACCAUCCGCAAGGGCAUCAUCGACGUCAACCUGUACAACGAAACGGUGCCCGUGCUCAUGGCGGGCGAGGUCAGCGCCAUGGUCGGCUCGGCAGUGUGGCAGCUCAUCGCCUCCUUCCUCAAACUGCCCGUUUCCGGAACCCACUGCAUCGUAGGCGCCACCAUCGGGUUCUCCAUGGUCGCCAUAGGCACCAAGGGCGUCCAGUGGAUGCAGCUGGUGAAGAUUGUGUCAUCGUGGUUCAUCUCCCCCUUGCUGUCUGGACUCAUGUCUGGAGUCCUCUUCCUUCUCAUCAGGAACACCAUUCUCAACAAGGAAGAUCCCGUUCCCAACGGCCUGCGAGCGCUGCCCCUCUUUUAUGCCACCACCAUUGGAAUCAACACCUUCUCCAUCAUGUACACGGGAGCGCCAUUGCUGGGGAUCGAGAUGCUGCCGGUGUGGGCCAUCUUUCUCAUCACCUUGGCAGGAUCGCUGGUCUGCGCGGCUCUCGUUUGGAUCUUCGUGUGUCCCUGGAUGAAGAGGAAAAUAGCAAGUCGUCUAAAGAAAGAGCAGGCUUUGUCCAGGAUCUCUGACGAGAGCCUGGACAAGAUCCCCGAGGAGGAGGAGGAGACCCCCGUCUUUAAGGAGCUGCCCGGGGCCAAGGGCACAGACGAGGCGGUGCUGCCGCUCACCGGCGGCGGCGGCGGCGAGAGGAACGCGCGCACCUCCAACAGCGAACUCACCAACCUGACCAACGGAGGCGCCGUGGUGCCAAAUAGCCGAGUUUACGGCCGCACGCACUCCAUGACCAACGGCUGCCUGAAGUCGCCCGUCUCCAACGGCAGCUUUAGCUUCGACGGCCACAUGCGCAGUGACGGCCAAGUGUACCACACGGUGCACAACGACUCGGGUCUGUAUAAAGACCUGCUGCACAAAAUCCACCUGGGCCGAGCGGACGACAACGAGCGCCCCGGCGGUGCCGCCGCCGCUCCCGACAACAACUACCGCCUAUUGCGGCGCAACAACAGCUACACCUGCUACACGGCGGCCAUCUGCGGCAUGCCCGUGCAGCCGCUCAUGCGCACCGAGUCGCGCGACGACAGCGAGAAGCUGGUCGGGGAGGGCCGCAGCAACAGCGUGUCCUACUCCAAGAAGCGCAUCCGCUACGACAGCUACUCGUCGUACUGCAACGCCGUGGCCGAGGCGGAGAUCGAGGCGGAAGAGGGCGGCGUGGAGAUGAAGCUGGCUACCGAGCUCAAGGGGGCCGAGGAAGAAGGGGGCUCGGCCCCCGUGCCCCUGGACGACCUGGAGGAUCACGAGGAGAAGGAGAAGUCGGAGGUCUUUCUACUUUUCCAUUUCCUGCAGAUUCUCACCGCCUGUUUUGGCUCUUUCGCCCACGGAGGCAACGAUGUCAGUAAUGCCAUCGGACCGCUGGUGGCGCUGUGGAUGAUCUACGACCAGGGUGGUGUCAUGCAGGACGCCGCCACCCCCAUCUGGUUGCUGUUCUACGGCGGCGUGGGCAUCUGCGCCGGCCUGUGGGUGUGGGGCCGCCGGGUCAUCCAAACCAUGGGGAAGGACCUGACUCCCAUCACGCCCUCCAGCGGAUUUUGCAUUGAAGUAAUGAGUGCACUAACAGUGCUUGUUGCAUCAAAUGUGGGCAUCCCAAUAAGCUCCACCCACUGCAAGGUGGGCUCGGUGGUGGCCGUGGGCUGGAUCCGCUCCAGGAAGGCAGUGGACUGGCGCCUCUUCAGGAAUAUCUUCCUGGCGUGGUUCGUCACCGUUCCCGUGGCCGGCCUGUUCAGCGCCGCCGUCAUGGCCGUCUUUGUGUACGGCAUCCUGCCCUACGUGUGAGGGAGAGCGCCGCGGAGGAGGAGGAGGAGGAAGAAGAGGAAGGAUGACAAGCGAGUCCGAGAGGAAAGCCAAAGAGUUGCUGGCUUGCUGGAAGUAAAGGAAGCAGAAGAAAAGGCUGUGAGGAAGGUUGGUUGGUUGGUUGGUUGGUUGGUUGAUUCAAAAUCUACAAUACUGUACAUACAGCUCAAAAAAUGCUGUGCAAGCAAUUAUUACUCCAACUGUACAUAUUAUUCAUAUCAAUAUGCAAGAUUUGGUGUGCUCAACCAACUCAUCUCAUGUUAGCCAAGUGGAAAAUGUGAUGAUGGAGGGCUGAUCAGAAUUUGGGACUUUCUGUGCUUCUUGAUUUUUGAUCAUGAUAGCGUACAAAAAAAAAAACAUGAUUCACUACAGAGUUGAUUUGUGUGUGCGCGUGUCUGUUUGUAUGGAUUUUUAAUGGAUGUACUAUACCGUAAAUCUGUACUGUAAAUACUGACCUUCAGGAGUUUGAGGGUGCGAGUGGGAGGAAGAUCAUGUUUUGUCGUAUUUUUUUGGAAGUGUCAGGAAAUGGCUUAUUCUCGGCACCUUUUCAUCAUAUUCAGAGUAUGUUUCAUCGUCGAUCGGAAACGAGAGACUAUUUGCUCCUUGGUGUAAAAUCAGGGAAGCACAAUAGGUGUCAGUAGAGCAUCGCUCAGACUGUUGCUAACCGCCAAUGGAAUCAAAAGAAGAGGACCUAUUAGCUGCUAGUUAGUUUGAAGGCGGCUGUAUUUGAGAAAGAGAGAAAAAAAAGGUGAUUCUUUCGGGAUUCUUCACCGUGCCAAAGGCAACUAUUUGAAUGGCCAUGACGACUUUUCAAAAGGUGUAAGGUGCAACGAGAAGCCAACACGACACUACAAAAAUGCUCCGAACUGCCUUGUUUUUUGGUUGGGUCUCGCUCGCGCGACAACGAGAUGCCUCAAUGUGUCAUAUCGAAACAAUAGUACAGUGUUAUUAUUCAUCUGAAUAUUAAUAUGCAGAGCUUACUGUAUCUUAUCCUCCAAACCUGCUGUGUGACUCCUAGCAAAAUGUCACCAGUACUGAUCAUCACCAGCUUUUUAACUGGGUCAUGUGACCUGGAGAUGAACAAAAGCAUUGAUCUGAAUUUGUUUGAAUUGAUCUGAACGAAAUCAACUUGCUUGUGGUCUUCGUUUUUUCUUUCUUUUCCUAAGAACAAAUCUAUGCUUUUGUGGUGCCCAUUUGCCUUUCGUAACACCUUUGUUCCUUUCUGCUCAAUCAUUGCGUACUGACUGCGGUGUUUACAUUGUAAACUCCCAACGGGUAUUAGGGCCAGACAUGAAAACAAAGUUCGAUUUUUUUUGUUGUUGUUGUAAUCUAAUACAACAUUGCAUCCAGUAAAGUGUGACUUGUACGACAACUUUCAUCAAAUUGAAAAUGUCCGACUUUACUCUUGUAAACCGUUCGAGCAAACUUGAGUUUCUCUUUUGUCAGUUUGGCCCUAACACUCUUUGUUGGGAUCCAUAUCAUAACUGGAGAAAAAAAAAAAAAAAACGUCAACUUGCCUCACAAUGCCAACAAGCGUUUUCACACAAACCGCAAGUGUCUCGUGAGAGAGAAAAGGAAUGUUAUUUUUGUAGCUGCCGCAGCGCUAGAACGUCCCCACGCCACUUGAACGCUACGACGAAAAGAGUUGAACUCGAGAGCUUUCAUCAAAACGAUAUAUUUUUCUACAAUAUUUUAACUGGGGACAAGCUGGCGAUAGUUUGAAAUGGAACCUCCCGUGCUUGAUGUUGUGGAUGACGACAUACUUUGUAAUUUUGCUUCCCUCCUGAUUGGGGAAAUAGGGCAGGCCCGCCCACCCGUGGCCCUCUUGCUAGCAUUAGCCGUGUAGCCAUUUGGCCAAAAAGGAAACAGGACAGUGGUCACAAUAUUUUACUGGGGGUGGUUACUCAUUUGUGUGUGUGUGUGCGUGUGCAUGCGUGGGGGGUCUGAAAUGACAGCAAUGGCGACACAAGUGUAAAAGUUACGCAAUGUGGGUUAAAGUUGAACUGGACUGUGUGUGUGUGUGUGUGUGUGUGUGUGUGUGUGUGUGAGAGAGUGAGAGAGAGGGACGGGACGGGACGGGACGGGGUGCUCAAAUACAGCAAUAAUGGAACAGAGUGACUUGUCAAAGACGCGUGGUCGGAAUUGGUUAGCAUUUGUAAGAGGACCAUUGUUAGCAACGUGGGCUGAUGUGUAAUGACAUGCAAGUAAUCCCCUCCUCUUUUGUUGCGAACUCCCACCCACCACCAUUUUGCAGUUUGGCAUUUGUUUCAAAAGGGACGCCGCCGCACGUACGCCGCAAGUGACGGUCGACAUCGACCUCUGGUAGCAAGCAGUGUGCGUUGAAUACAACUAAUGGCCGCUAAAGAUAAACGAGCUAAGCAUUGAAUAUUUAUGAUAUUUGCGACGGUACAGCGAACACUCGAAAUGAAACGCACUUGCCUUUGUUUUCAAGAUUUUUUGGACAUACAUCGAUUUAAUUGUUCAUACAACAUUCAUCAUUGUAAAAGGUUCAAAUGUUGUACAGAUCAUGUUCGAAAGGACAUUUGAGUGCAAAAAAUCAUUACAACAGUUCCAAAUGCAAAUUGUUCAGAUUUGGAUCUUUUGGACCAUUGGUCAUUUUUUGCUAAUCAAAUGACAGUGGCUUGCUUCCCUUCCCUUCCCACAUUUUCAAUGGGUUCUAGAUUUUGGGAUAGUUUUCAUGAAAUGUAAUCAUUCAAAUGUAUUUGCUUUGUGUCACCUUAACGUGUUUAUUCACUCGUGAAUCAAUCAAUGCUUGUGGACUUUUCAAGGAUAUUUUCUGUUUCUUUUGUUUUGUUUUUGGUUUUCGUCUACGCCACGGGCCGAGUGUUGAUUGACUACGUCGUAAACUAAUAGCAACUAACUCUCGCAAGGGAUUUCCUUUGCUCGGUACGAAAUAGCGCUCAUGUCAUGUGAUUGUCAGUAGAAGGCGACAUUUCUCCAUUGCGAUCACAUUCAGUUGACCUCGUCGGUCGGGACGGAUUGUGGCAUCGUUUUCGAAACAUCAAUUUGCCUGCACGAAAUUGUCGAUGUUGCCGUGUAGCUCCGCCCCUCCCCUCCCCUCCCCGGUGCGCGUGAGUGGAGCUGCCAAUUUGAGUGUGAUUGACGUGCGUGCAUAAUGUGGUAGAACGUCAUAGUCCCCUGUCCUCCCUCGCCUCGCCUCGGCCGGCCGGCCUGCCUACCUGCCUGCGGGCUUUUCCAGCUCUGUGUCGUCUUUUGAAUGUUUCGCGCUAUUUCCUGUUCGCUCGCCGCGUUGCGUCUAAUGUGUGGAUUUAACAAACAAACAAACAAACAAGCAAACAAACGGGGGGAAAAAACUGUUGCCUGCUUCAACAAAAUCUUACUCUGAUUUGCUUCUGUCGUACUGUAAUGUCUUUAUUUAAGAUUUUAGUGAGGAAAAACAAUGCUUGCAUUUAAACUAAAUUAUGGGAAUUAAAAUUACAAAGAACAGUUACA